AUGUUGAUGCCCUCUCUUCAGUUGGUAGAUGAUCUCCCUGGAGAUGGCCAGCAGACUCCGGCUGGUAGCCCCUCGCCGCCGCAUACUCCGGACCUACUUCCUGGCCCUUCUUCGGCCCCGCCUCUGUUGGUCGACGAGAACGUCCCCAUGCCACUUACCCAGCCCGACGUCGCCUCGCAACCGCCACCGCUGCGGCAUUCCAGCCGCCUCGCGCUGAAGGUGGCGCCCUACUCUCCGGCAGCCGGAUUCCACUGCCUCCUUCAUGAGGACUUAGCUGCAGAUCAGCCUACGGCGCCAGGCUAUAUUAGUACUCUCUCCCCCGCGGUCGCCACUGCCGCACCAGCUUUUCCAAGGGCAGCAGCAGUGGCGGCAGCCAUUGUGCGCUCUCCAGUCUCUCGAGUGUCCGCCGUGCUGACGCGCCACCAGCGCCCGCCGCCACUCACCAACCUGGCUUUCCGAAAAAUUACGAUUCGCUUCCAGAUGAGGGCGCAACCGUCAGACGCGACCUCCGUGCACGGCUGCAGGGAACGAAUGGAGCGUCUUCCUCUGGGCGAGCCGUUUCAUGAAUUGGAGAUUAAGCACGGGGCUUGUACCGGAGAAACAGUCGGGGCAGGAACUUCAUGCUCCGGAACGGCCAGCCAUCAGCUGUCUGCGACGGCGCUGCUGCCAUCUCCCGACGGCUCGCGGCACCCUCUGGACGUGUACGAGUUCGCCGAGGAGGACCUGCCGGACGGUCGGCGUGACGGCCGCGGGGGUGGCGGGGGCGGCGGCGGCCUGUGGGAGUGCCUGCUGGGCUGCCGGCACCGGCUCGACCACCAGCUGGCCAGGAGGAAGGUGGAGCAGGGACUGCGGUUAUACAAUCAGCACAAGCAGCAGGCGGCUGUUCGCAAGUGGCGGAGCGCGCUCAAGCGCAUGCGCAGAAGGGACGACAAGUUCACGCUGCUCGGCUACCUCUACCAGGCCUACAUGGACUGGGGCAAGUACAGGGAGAGCGUGGAGUGGGCGCAGCGGCAGCUGACGCUGGCGGAGGAGGCCGACUCGCCCAACCUGCGGGCCGAGGCGUACCUCAACCUGGCGCGCGCGCACGAGCGCCUGGGCGCGCUGGAGCGGGCGCUCGCCUACGCGCGCCACUCGCUGUACAACGAGUGCGACCAGUGCCGCACGGCGGGACACGUGCACCUCACCGUCGGCUCCGUCUACCUCGAGCUGGCCGGCUUCUGCAAGGCGCUCGACUCCUUCCAGCGCGCCCACAACAUCGCGCAGGCCAUCCAGGACCCCGCGCUCGAGCUGCAGGUGUACGUGGGCCUGUCGGAGCUGUUCGGGCGCCUGCGUGACGUGGACAAGGCGACGCGGUACGCCUCCAAGGCGUACGACCUGUCGCGGUCGCUGCAGCUGGGGGACCUCAACUCGCGCCACCACCGCGCAGCCCUGCUCCAGAUGGCGGCCGCGCUCCGCAAGCAGGGGGACCUGGGCGACGCCCACGACUACUGCUCCGAGGCGACCCGGUUGGCGCUGGUCUCUGGGGACCAGGCGACGUACGCGCGCAGCAUCCGCAUCAUGGGCGACAUCUACCGCAAGAAGGCCGAGAUCAAUCGCGCCUACCGGCAGUACGAGAGCGCCAUGGGGUCCGCGGCGGAGAUGGGCGACCGACUGUGCCAGAUGGAGGCGAUGGACGGCGCGGCGCGCUGCCUCGAGGCGCUCCGGCUGCAGCACAAGAUCUGCAACUGCCGCCCGCUCGAGUUCAACACCAGGCUGCUGGAGGUCGCCAGUUCCGUCGGCGCCAAGCUGCUGGUGCGGACCGUGCGAGUGCGGCUGGCGCGCAUCUACCAGGCGCUGGGGGACGAGGAGCAGCAGGCGGUCCAGGAGCGGCUGGCGCGCUGUCUGGAGGACGAGCUGGAGCUGCAGUGCGGAGCCUGCAGCCAGCCCUUCGGGCUCGACGACGACAGCCUCGAGGCUCUGCCCUGCGCGCACAUCCUGCACGCCAGGUGCGCGCACGAGCUGCUGCGGCGGCGCGACAAGAAGAAGAAGCGGCUGUGCCCGGACUGCCAGCGCUCGGUGAGCUCGCGGCUGUACCUGUACUGCGACGACCCGCACCGCUCCAGCUUCAGCCUGAGCAGCGUCAGCCUGCGCGCCUCCAGCCUCACGCUGGACUCGCAGCAGGCCACGUCGUCCGUCUGA